AUGGCCUCCCCAACGCGAGUUGGAGUGUGGAAACCCAUACCUCCUGGAAGCAGAGCUCGCGUCUCCUGCUUUAGUUGUCGCGAGAGCAUAGGAUGCUACUAUCCCCAGCACCGCGGUCAGAAGAACCCCUCCCCAAUUGGUGAGGGGCCCAAUCUCGAAAAUGCUGCAGCUGGAAGAAUUUCGGAGACUUCUCAGCCUAAAAAGGCACAAGUUUUGGUCAACCCGGAGGCAAUUCGCUUUCUGGCCCCAGACCUCUUUCGCGACAUGAAUCUACAGGUCCCUCGUGUCAACUGGGAGAUACCAGCUGAGAUUGAUACACAACUCGGGGGUCGGCAACAAAUGCAAGAGACUACCAAGGUAUUCUUGCAGUUGACGAAAUCAUGGAUGCCUAUCGUCAACGGGAAGCGCCACUUGGCUGCCGUCUUGAAUCCCCUUGUUCCACUUCGCCGCCCAACAGCCCUCUUAGCGCUGUGCAUGAAGCUUUGCUGUCUGCCUGUCGACAAAGUUGAAGAGAAGCGCGUGUUGUACGAGCUUGUGAAGAAAUUAUAUGCGGAAGUGGAGCGUCAAGAGGACUCAUGCCUUCAGCUCAUGCAGUCAGCAGUCUUCAUUGCUGUGUUUGAGAUGGGCGAUGCCAUUUUCCCAGCUGCUUACUUGACUGUCGGGGCUUUGGCAAGGUAUGGUAUGGCCACGGGGAUGGAUAAGAUCAACCAGACUGCGCUGGGUAAGGACUGUGCAGCAACUGUGGGUGCCUCGUGGGCGGAUAUCGAGGAGAUGAGGAGGGUUUGGUGGGGAGCGUUGAUCCUUGACCGCACGGCUGAUCCCUCCUUCGAGGAUUUUCUCCCUGUGGAUGAUGACUUCUUUUACAACCAAUCAUCAUCUCCCGAACAUGCUACUCGCAUAUCUGAAGGCUUCACCUUCAAGAUGGGAUCCUUCGCAAGGCUAUGCCAAGCCAUGCACCUCAUCAGCAAAUCCAUCUCAUUCUGUCGCAUUGCAUCUAAUAGCAGCGAGGCUCCACAGAAUAGUACAGCUGAGGAGGUGGGACAGCUCUGCCGUACACUUGAGUCCCUAGUCCGCGUCAACGAACUCGAAGCGACAAGCCGCCGACUGGCGUUUUGUAGCCAAAGCUGUGUUUCAUACAUUGGGAUUCUGCUACUGCAGCAGCACUAUUGGCAACAACCUGGCCACGAGUCAGAACAAGACUCGGCACGCAAUAUCUUCCCAGAAACAAUUUCUGCACUCGAAACUCUAGUUCGUAUCUCGGCGACCCUGCGAGAAGGCGGUUACGAGCUAUCGCAGUAUCUUGAAGACGGACGAUGUUCUCUCUUUCUAGUUGAACUAGUCUACCAAGGCAUGCUAGUCCUUUUGCGAAUGGGCAAGGUAUGGCUGGCAGAGGACGUACAGAGCAAGAAGGAAUCAUUGACCUGGCUGCUCUCGCACAUGGGGAAGCGGUGGCCACUCGUCGCAGUGUACAAGCGUAUCUUGGAAGCGAGGGAGAGUAUACUGGCUGUUGAAGAUGCUUUGACAUAG